UUAACCUGUUGCAGCUGGAGAGGGCAGAGCGCGCCCGGGUUUGGGAGGCGAGAGCGGGAGGGAAGCAAGCCGGCAGGCAGGCAGGCAGGCAGGCAGGCAGGCAGGCAGGCAGGCAGGCGCUGGGGAGAGCUGCCUCGCGCGAGGGUCUCGCCCUCUCGCCGCCUUUAAUGUUCAUUAUUAUAUGUCUCUAAGAAAGAGCGAGCGAGAGGGGAGCUCCACUCCUGGCCCUGCCUCCCAGAGACAAGCCGAGCCCCGUUGGCGGCAUCCUCCCGGGAGCAUGGCUCCUCGCCUGCUCUUCCUGCUGCUGGUGGCGUUGCCUCAGGUCCAUCCUCACAGAGCGACGGGACCCCGGUUUUUAAUAAGUGAUCGUGACAGAGAUCCACAGUGCAACCUCCACUGCUCCAGAUCUCCAACCAAGCCCCUCUGUGCCUCCGAUGGCAGGACGUAUGAGUCAACCUGUGAUUAUCAGAGAGCAAAGUGCAGGGAUGCAAACCUGAGCAUAGCUCAUCGAGGCCGAUGCAAAGAUGCUGGUCAAAGUAAAUGCAGAUUAGAAAGAGCUCAGGCAUUGGAUCAAGCAAAGAAGCCACAAGAAGCAGUCUUCAUUCCAGAGUGCGGUGAGGAUGGAUCAUUCACCCAAGUGCAGUGCCAUACCUAUACUGGAUAUUGCUGGUGUGUAACUCCAGAUGGCAAACCCAUCAGUGGUUCUUCUGUACAGAACAAAACUCCUGUAUGUUCAGGUUCUGUAACUGACCGACCAGUAGGACAGGGUAAUUCAGGGAGAAAAGUUUCUUUUCGAUUCUUUUUAACUCUCAAUUCAGAUGAUGGUUCAAAACCAACACCUACCAUGGAGACCCAACCUGUUUUUGAUGGAGAAGAAAUCACAGCUCCCACACUUUGGAUUAAGCACUUGGUCAUCAAGGAUUCCAAACUGAACAGCUCUAGUAUGAAAAAUUCAGAGAAAGUUAACUCGUGUGACCAAGAGAGGCAAAGUGCUCUUGAAGAGGCCAGGCAGAAUCCCCGGGAAGGGAUUGUUAUUCCUGAAUGUGCUCCUGGAGGACUGUACAAGCCAGUGCAGUGUCACCAGUCUACUGGAUAUUGCUGGUGCGUUCUAGUAGACACAGGUCGACCUCUACCUGGUACUUCCACCCGCUAUGAGACCCCAGUGUGUGAAAGUGAUGCCCGAUCAAAGACUGCAGAAAUUGAUGACCCAUUCAAAGACAGAGAACUUCCAGGCUGUCCAGAAGGGAAAAAAGUGGAAUUUAUUACCAGUUUACUGGAUGCUCUCACCACAGACAUGGUACAGGCCAUUAACUCGGCAGCACCUGCUGGAGGCGGGAGAUUCUCAGAACCUGAUCCCAGUCACACCCUGGAGGAGCGAGUAGUGCAUUGGUAUUUCAGUCAGCUAGACAACAAUAACAGCAAUGACAUCAACAAAAGGGAGAUGAAGCCUUUCAAGCGCUAUGUGAAGAAGAAAGCCAAGCCCAAAAAAUGUACACGGCGCUUUGCUGACUACUGUGAUCUUAACAAGGACAAGUCAAUUUCACUACAAGAACUGAAGGGUUGCUUGGGUGUUGGAAAGGAAGGAGGUAGCACUGUCCAUUUCCCCCAUGGAAAAAGACAAGGUGCUAAUCCUUUCAUUGGACGCCUUGUCUAAAAAACUGAAGAGAAACUGCAAGGGAGGAAGGACCGAACACAUUGCCAUCUGAAAACACUCAUGUGGGACUGGCAGUAUGCAACAUAGCAGAAGUAGCAGCCACAACAUUUUGCACUUUUUAAUGAAAAAAAUAAUUGAAGAAGGGUGAAAGUGGUCUAUUUUUAAUGCCAUUAUCUAGUACCUUGGAGAAGAAAAGAAAACAGGAGAACAUUACAUCUGAGAAAGAAAGAAAACUGAACAGCUACUGAUGAUUUAAAUUCUGGGGAUUGCUUGGACUUGAAAUAUGUUUAAUAUACUGUAUAUAAAUGUAAAUUGUACAGUGCCCUUGUAUGGGCCUUAGUGUAACUAUUUCGUUCCUGUCUAGUACUUUAUCUUAGACUGAUGGGGCACCACAGAUUCUGAGAUCCAGGAAUACAUUCAUUUCUACAGCUAUUCAAAAAUUUAACCUAAAUCAAUUUCUUUUGACAGCCAGCAUCAUCACUGUAUUAUCUUCCAUUCAGCCUCUUAUUUGAGCAGCAUGCUCCCCCCCCCUCACUAAAACUGCUUUUUAGGCCCAACCACAAUCAAUUUUCUGUUAGUUUCAGUUAAGGAUGGGGUAGGUAGUUCAAUGAAGCGGUCACCUUUGUAGGCAGUACAUUUGUCACAUUGAAUGAAUGCAACAACAGGUGCUAGUUUUAUGAAUCUAUUUCUGAACACAUAGUAGGAAGUCCAUGUUGAACAUCAUCAUUAGUCCAAUGACCACUUGACUCUGCAUGGAUUACCACACAUCUUUACUUUUUGAAAUCAUCACCAGUGCUUACAGUACUACUGGCAUAUAAGGCGGUAGUGAAUGUCGUCUGAAACCAAUUCUGUGUGUCUCUGAUUCUUAUCUGUAAAGAAUUACAUCAACUUUGAAAUGGAAAUGGAAAAGAAAACUGAUGGAAAUUUAUUUCAGCAGUCAAGUAAACUGUAUAAGCCUGGAUAAGAAUACCUAAAGUCAUUAUACAAUUGUAGCACUUUGGUACAACUUUUACCAUAACUGCUAUGAUUCAACCCUAUAGAAUACCUUGAUUUGCAGUUUGGUGAGGUGAGCUCUAUUGCUGUAAUUCAGGAAAGUAGAGAAUUCUAAGGACCUUUCCAAACUACCAAUCCCAGGAUUGCAUGAUCUGAACCCAUGGCAAAUAAUAUUGCUUUAUGCUUCCAAAUAGUUUUUUUUACUUAUGGCAACUAUAAGACGAACCUACAUAUUGCAAGCCUUUUUGGCAAGACUUAUUCAGAGGGGUUUGCCAUUUGUUUCUUCUAAGGUUGAGAGUGUGUGAUGCGUCCAAGGUUACCCAGUAGUUGUCCAUGGCUGAAGGAAAUUUUGUACCCUGUCUCCGGAUUUGUAGUCCAAUGCUCAAACUGCUACACCAUGUAGGCUCUCUCCAUGUCACUUAGGGUCCUUCCAGACAAGCCCUUUAUCCCAGGAUCUGAUCCCAGGUUUUAUGCUUUAAUCUGGGUUAUAUGAGUCUGCACUGCCAGAUAAUCUGGGAUAAACAGAAAACCUGGAAUCAGAUCCUGAGGUAUAGGGGCUGUCUGGAAAGGCUCUUAGUAAUACCAAAGUGCUGCGAUAGCGCAAUGUGGAUACACUCUUACUUAAAAAAAAACCCUACCCAUUAUAGACAGUACACCUGACAAAUACCAAGUCACUACACUCAGGCCCCUUCCAGACAGCUGAAUAAAAUCCCACAUUUUCUGCUUUGAACUGGAAUAUAUGGCAGUGUGGACUUACAUGACCAAGUUCAAAGCAGAUAUUGUGGGAUUUUCUGCCUUGAUAUUCUGGGAUAUAGGGUUGUCUGGAAGGCUCCCAGUGUGGUGCCCCUUCAGUUCUGGUUGACCACUCAUCUCCCAUCUUUCUAGUUAGCUGUGUUUCUGGACUGCCAAGGGGCAAAGUCAGAAUCACACCUGGAAAGCCAUGUUGCUUGAAGUAUUCUGGAAGCUGUAGUCCAAACAGGCAACGUUUCCAUGCUCUGCCAUAAGUUAGUGAAACACAGGAUGCAAGGACUGCUUUAUUGAGUAGCACUUUUAUGUAAAAACCCUUGCGUCUAAAUUUGGUGGCAGUGAUCAGCAGGCCAUAGUAACAGUUUUGUGAAAUAAACCCCACUCGUGGUGAUAUCAUGCUGCUGUGAAGCAGGGCUGCAUUAUAUCUCAGAGGGUAUAUCCUGAUAGGAUAGAUAUAUUCUAUUUUGGCCACACGUUCAGUGAUGGCUUUUCCCUUUUUGAUGAAUAUCUCCAUUUUGUUGGUCUUGGCUCCUUAAAUGUUCAGAAGACGCAAGUCUGCAUUGUACAAAUAAAUGAUUCCUUGGAUUCUAGAUUGGUGGGAGUGGGAACUUCUAAGUAGGUAGAAGUUCAAAACUGCCAAAAAUAUUUUUCUUAAAAUCUGUGCCAAAUUUCUUUUCUACAAGCAUAUUGUAAAGUGAACCUUUGUCUUAUGGAACAGCAGCACCCACUGCUGGCUUCUUUAGCAAAUCGCAUACAGUGUAUGUGCCUUCUUUUUACAUUCUUCUCUGCAUAUUCCUUUCUUCUCUCUUUUUUAAAAUACAUGACAUCCUUUGUAUAUAUUCCAGUUACUUGGUUUUAGUAUAAUGUGUAAAAAGUCUACUUUCUCCCUCUGACACUAUUGUAGAAAUGAAGAACAAUUCAUAAAGGACCUGGUAAAAAUUCA